AUGGGUGGGGGCGCCGAUGUGUACAGCCAAGACUAUCCAGCCACCCCCUUGGCCUGCUCCAAGAAGCACCAGAUAUGUAUUUCCACCACCUCGGGAGAACCUCGCUGCACACAAUUGGCUACUCCUUACGAGGUGUUCGACGAGGCCCUUCAGAGUGUUGCGGUCGAGAACCAAGACCGCUUACUAUGGACCAUGUCAUCGCAAACCAGCGUCAGUGGCGGUAUAGACUCGGCCGUCGAGGUGUUAGGCGCACAAGCCCUGCUCUCGAGGAGGGGCCUCUUCUAUGGCCGUCAGGAGCCGUUGCCGGAUAGCCAGUGGCAGACAGACGUGGAACAUUGGUUCAAUGUCGAGUCGACCAUUUACCAGAAGUCUUUGGGCGAAGUUGCGGCUGGCCCGCCCUCCUCGUAUCCCGAGGAAUGGGUCGCGCGUCCAACAACCCCAGAGCAGACCAAGCUGUGCAACAACCAGGUACAUGCACCCUCGCUUUCAAUACUUCCGAAGCCGUCUCCUGAUUCCCUCUCCCCAUUGCAGCGGCUCGCUCACGAGGAGCUGGGCAUCGGCAGGUGGACGCGUGGCGACGAGGCCGUGCCCGUUACGAAAGUUGUCACCAACCUCGCGCUCCUGGACGUCUCGGACGUCUCGGACGUGAAGCAUCCGAGACUGCUGUUGGAGGUAUAA